UGUCCAAUACCCGUUUCAGGCGAUGACAUGUCACGUGCACACACCAGUUGCGCUGGGAGCAAGAUUUGAACAAUGGCGAAAGCUCAACAGUCAAGGUCCUGUCAAUUCGUCUGGUUUCUCGCCAGUUCCACUCUUGUUCAUGGAAAGCCUUCGCCAGGGUGCUUGGAGAGACCAUCUUCGAUCUUCGAUUCCGAGACAGCAUUGAACACAUGAAAGCAGUGUCCAACUGCAAACGCCAAACGCCGUGGUUGACGAAGCUCACAAUAGGAUGUUUCGAAACGCCGCAGUGGUCUAUUAGCCAUAUUGAGGUGUUGAUCAAAACGGGCCGCAUUUCUGAACUCUGUAAUAAAUACCAGCGGGUUCAGAGCAUCGAGAGGCAAUGGUUUCCAGAUGUCUUUGACUUCGAUCUAGAACGCCUCGAGAAGGGGAUCCCACCAGAAAAGCUCCAGCCCACCACAGACCAGAAGAAUUUGUUCCUAGACGUCAUUUCUCAUUGUUGGAAUGAGUUUACCAAGGUCCAAGGAGUCUGUUAUCUGUCCAGCAGGAACAUCAUGCCCGCACGUUACAGACUGGCUGAGCAACAUUUCGCCAACACAAAUCAAAAUGACAUGGGCGAGAAUCGUCUCUCCGAUUGGUACGGUCAUACUGGACUCACCGUCUGCUUUCAUGCCUUUGGACAUCGCUGGGAUCGUUCCCCGAGACCUUGGUCUAGCAGUGCAACUCCAGAUGCCCAGUUCUUUUAAAGUCUGGGCACCCGCGGCGACUGUCCGAGAGCUCUGCAAGAGUGUCGAACAUCUUACACUUAGACACGAGUAUAACUUGUAUAGUACGUGGGCCACAUGCUACACAAAUGUAGCCAUUUUAAAUCUACAUUUCCAGCGCUGCAAUCGUUCACGAUCGACCACAGCCGGAUCAUGGGCCAUGCCCUAGG